UCUUUCUUUUUUUUUUUCCAUUUCUUUUGGACAUUCAAAUCGUGGUUAUGUGAUUAUGUCCCCCCUCCAUUUUGUAACCUAGUUUUCUUGACCCUUUUGGUCUUUUCACUCCUCUGAAACUCCAAGUUUCCACCUUGACUCUGUAGUGUUGUUCAACAGCGUAACCCUCCAAAAGUUUCAUGUUUCGCUAUCCUCUCUUCUUCGAGUUCUCUGCAUAAAUUUUGCAUCUUUUGGGGUACCCACAUGCAUAUUCUGCGCCCCCAAAGACUCUGAUUUUUGUCUUUUUCUGCUCGAGGGUAUUGCGCUCUCAGCUACGAGACUCGGUGAUUUUAUGGAGUUUUUGGUCUGCAUCUACGUUUAGACUCCAGAAGCUAUAAACAGAAACUGGGAUUGCUUAGGUUUUCGUUAAAUUAUUAAUUUGCAGUGACUAUUCUGCGAUCGAAUUUCAAAGUUGCAAUCUUUGUAGGAAACAAUGUCGUCCCACCAACAAAAUCCACCUGCGGAUUCGAAAUCUCUGCAACAAGAAUUGGGUUCUGAGAAAACGAACGCAGAAGCAGAUGUUAAACCCUUCUCUAUAAGACAAUAUGCUCUUGCUUGGCGUCAUAGAAGCAUCUUCCAUAGCUGGCCAUUUCCUGAGAGGUACUUGCACAUGUGUUUAAGCCGCGGCAUCGAUAUCAGGGAUGUGUUGCCACCAUUGUUUUCACCACAAACUUGUGAAGAUGAAUCACUCAAAGGUUGUUCUUCAAAGAACUUGAUCCACUCCCAUGGUAAUAACGGUGAUGAUAGCAAAGAUGGUUUUGAGUUUUGCAAAACACAUAGCAAUAUCAAGAAUAAUGACUAUGGCACCUCAUUUCAUGAUGAUGAAGAGGGGAAUAAUGAUAAUCAAUACAAUAAUUGCAUUGUUCCUGUCACUAAUAAUGUAGCAGAAGAUGAUGAAGUACUUGAUAUCCAACCAAUAAGUUCAUCAAUUCAUGUUCAUAAAACUAGUCCAAGUCCAAGAAUGGUAUCAUUAUUGUCUAAUAAAGGAGUGAAAGAUAAACGCAGAAGGCGUAGAGGGAGAUGCAAGAAACGAUCAAUGGCGGAUAUUUUAGCUGAUGCAAGGCAUUGUACAGUAGAAGAGAUCUAUAGGAUGAACAAGUUUUAUUAUGCAGCUGCCAUUGAAGGAUCUCAUCAGCAGCAGCUGCAAAUGGGGCCUUAUUCUGAAAAUGAUGAGGUAAAGGGUUGUGAUGAGGGUAAAGAUGGAAAUGAAGAUGAUUAUGAACAUCAACUUGGUUUGACUGGAAAGGGGACAUUGCUUCUUAAGUUCAAGCUCAAUGCAUGUAAUAAUAAUGUAAAUCGGAAUUGUGUAACAUGAAUUCAUUGUUAUUAAUAUAUAACCUGUGGAAACUUAUUAUGCUUAGAGCUUCA